GCAAUUCAUAUUAUAACCAGUAAUUAAUUUUAUCAAUUGGUUUAGUUGUAGACAUACAUACAUACAUACAUACAUACAUAUAUUUUAUACUAACCAAACUACAAAAAAACCGUACCAACAAUAAUACCCCCAAUCACCCACCCAUCCCACCCCCCAAGUGAUGAUGAACAGUAAAUCUACUAUUGGCGGUACAGUAUUGGUUUGGCCGUCAGCGGUACUCAUACUGUUAGUAGUAAUGUUUAGUGACCAUCAUAUCGGCGGCGGCGGCGGAGGACAAGUGGCAGCAUUACAGGGUGUCCAGUGUCCGCCAAAACCCGACGAUAAUAGCGAAUCAACGAUUACAAUAAAUUCAUAUAAGUGUAGAUUAGAAAAAUGGGACGAAAAGGACGUCGACAGUGACCAAACCAAACGUCUUAGACGGUGCUGCUCUGGUAUCGAUGAACUACUAAUGAGAUAUCAAUUGAUUUAUCGAUUGUGUACAAUAACAUCGGAAAGUGCUAUAAACGGUUCGUUUAAUAGUUUGAUUAAAGUAAGACUAACCAAUUGCAAAGAUAACUAUCAGAUAGACUAUGAUAAGUCAGUAUGCGAUAGACAACCAGUCUAUUUGGAUAGCGAUAGUUGUCGGUAUGUUAUAGAAAAAUUGGCCGAUAAAUCAUCGACGACAACCACCACCACCACCACGACUACCGUUCCCACUACUGUUGUCAAUACAGUCACUACCUCCUCAUCCUCCCCCUCCUCUGCCACUGAUAGCAGCGAUGGCAGUAUUGAUGACACAACAACAACAACAGCGCCAAUAACUACCAACACUGUGGAUACGGUAGGCGAUGGCACAGUUAGUACAGUAGUAGUAGUAGUAGAGUUGACCAGUGAGGAGAUAACUGGUUUUAAUAUGAGCACUAGUAGUAGUAGUAGUGAUGGUAGACCUGAUACGAUCAACGGUACUACUAUUUUGGCGACCAAACUAACAACAACAACACCUAUGACAUCGUCGACAAGUAAACUAUCAUUACUUUGGAUAUUAUUGAUACCAAUCGUAAUACUUGUUGUAUGUAUUGUUGGUUUUAUUGUCAUCGUAUGGAUAGUCAACAAUAGGAUCCGUCGACAACAACAUUAUUCAGUGGGAAGACAGACGAGGACAGUUGGGUCGCCAGUAGAUGCCAAUCGAUAG